AAAGCUCAAAUAGCUCUGACCAAAUAAUGAAACCAUUAAUGAUAGAGCCAGGGGAGAUAUUGUUUCCUUCAGUUAUCGAAGGGAAGACUUACACCCAGAAGUUGACUAUUACAAAUAAUAUGAAGUUCAACACAUAUGUAGAACUCAAAUCAGGUUGUGAAGACAAGAUCACUAUAAAUCCGCGUGAAUUUGAACUAGGACCUUCCAAGACCAAAGCUGUUACAGUGAACUUAAGAGUUGGCAAACCAUUUGGUCAGCGAAAUGGCGUCAAGGUACCUAUUAAGGAGAGACUUUUUGUAAAAACAGACCAUUUCAACCAGAGUAUUGGUGUUUUUGUUCAACCUGAUAAUGCUCUUGAAGGAAAAUAUUUCGAAAAUAAGAAAGAGCAAGAUGAUAUCCAAGUUUUUGACGAUGGUAAUUCAUCUAUUAAGUACUUAGAAGAAUCAGUAGAAAAGCAUGUUAAUGUAGACCUAGAGACACUAUUAGCAAAAUCUCCUCAAAAUCCUGCUUCGAAUAUGAAGCAGGCAGAAAACUGAGAUUGUACAGACCUCGUUGCGGAAAAUUUGAAUAACACAAAUUCACCUCCUGAGAGGCCAACCUAUCCAAAUGAUUUAGAAAAUGAAGUCUAUCAGCCAAAUAAUCAAACUGAAUUUCAUGGAAUAAUCUCUCAGCUCCAGUCAAAAUGCGAGAAUCUAGAGACUGAGCUACAUGAGCAUAAGGCUCAAAAGAAUGCCCUUGAAGAAAUCAGAGUACUUCUCAACCAAAAAGAUCCUGAGAUGAACAAGGUUCUUGAGAUAUCUCUGAAACAAGAAAAGAUCAAGCAUGAUCAGAGAUAUAUGAAGAUCUACCAAAUAUUAAAGACAAAAGAUGUCGCUAUUGAAAGCCUUAAGGCAAGAAUAGCUCAAUUCAGCCAGUCUGCAGCAACGCUUCAGAACGAUGUUCAACAAUUCGAGGCUUACAAGCAGCAAGUGAUGGAUGAGAUUGAGAGGAAGCAGAGCUUGUUCAGAAUAAAUAACGAUGGCACUGAUGUAGAAUCUCUUCAAGAUUUCCAUGACGAAAUCGCUCGGCUAAACACAGAGAUUGGUUCACGGAUAGAAGAGAUCCAAAAUUUCCACUUAGUUGUGCAAAAAUUAGAGGAGAGAAAUGAAACAGCUACAAAUUCCCUUGAAGAAUCUUUGAAAAAGUGCCAAGAAUAUGAAGAGCAAAUUUCUGCCCAAACCACUAAGAUCUCAGACCUCGAAGCUGAAAACCAGUCUCAGAAAGAUCAAGUCAAUAAGUUAGUAGAGAAAGUCGCUUCCUUAGCAAAUGAUAACAUGCAGAAUAUUGUGGAAAGAUCUAAAACUGUUGAAAAAGGAGAAAGUUUAAUCGAUAAGCUCAAUCAGCUUCAAGAGACAGUCAAUUCUCUGAAAGAAGAGAAUAGUGCCCUUGAGGCUGAAAGUAAUUCUGUGAAGGAGGUUCAUAUGUCUUUCUUACUAGCCUGUAACUAUGCUAUAAAUUUAGAAGCCGAGGUUAGUAAGGACUCAGACAUCGAAUUUGUCCAGAAUACGAUCUUAAGCAACAUUAAGGACAUGCAAGAGAGUAUUCAGAGCUAUCAGGACAGACAUCAAGAUGAUCAAGGAUGUCUCAAAAUGAUGGAGAAGGAGAUACUAAAGAUCCAAAGUAAUCUUGCUAAUAAGAAAUACUCAACAAAAGGAGAGCAGACUCAGAUUUCUGGUGAUGAUUUGACCGAGCUUACUCAAAAAAUUCAGGUUCUUGAACAAGAAUAUUCAGGAGCAGUAGAAGAGAAUGAUAGAUUAAGAGAGUACAUUCAAGAAUUAGAGGCUAUUAAAAACUCUCAAGGCUCCCUCUCUAAAAAUAAGAAGUAUGUGAAGAGCACAACUAGUUUAGCUUACUCUGUGGAUGAUGAGAAUGAAGAAGGUGACCAAAAUAACUCUCGUGCUCUAAAAAUUGGAAGAAAACAAGAUCGGAUGUCUGUAAAUAAUAAGGAAAAUAUUGAUCUGAACUCUUCUCUAAAUAGCAUUUCUAUCGCUACUGAGUCUGAAGCCAAAUCUCGAGGAGAUAUUCAGAUUAAAAGGAGCCAGAUAAAAUUAAAAUCCAAGAAGGGAGAGUUCUCUGACUCAAAUAUUAUGAAAGAUAAGUCUGUAGAGCAGCAGGUUCUUAUUGCUGACCAAAGAAGACAGAUCGAGGAUCUUCGUAAAUCAAAUCUGAGCUAUGAAUCUAAGCUGAAUUAUGAUAUUAAGGAAAAGAAUCAAAUUAUUCAAAGUUUAGAGGCAAAAAUUGAAAAUCUACAAUCUCUUAAUUCAAAGUUAAAGCAUUCUGAGAAGACCAAAAUUGGUGAAGGAGAGGACAACCUUGAACACUAUAUUUCUCAGUUAGAAUUAAACGAGAUUGAGCUACAGAAUAACCUCCAACAAGCUCUGAGAGAAAAAGAAUCUUGUGAGGACUACAAUCAGGAAUUACUGCUCAGCAUUAAGGAAUUAGAGGAAGUUAAUCUAAAUUUGAGGAACAAAUUAGACCUCGAAGACCUAGAUAUCGACCAAGAAUCUAUAGUUAAUAUUCUCAGUUUGAAGGUUUCAACCCAAAAGAAAGAGAUCAGGCUUUUGAAAGGAAAUCUGGAAAAGAUUCAGGAUAAAUAUGACAACCUCAUGUGCCAAAUUAAUAACAAACAGGCAGAGAGGUGCCAAAUCGGUGGAGAUUUAUGCCAAUCACAGCUAUCAUAUGGACUUGGAGCCUCUAAAGGACCUGAUAAUAUGGCAAGGAUAGAAUCUUUGGUUCAUAAUAAUCCUAUUCUCAUGCAAAAUGAAGCCUUGCUUGGGUCUAGUCUGCUGAAUAGUUUCCAAAGCACUGAGGACAAAAAUGCAGGAAAUAAACUAAAGAAAUCAGAUCUAAAGGCAAGCGACUUGGAUUCCUCAGCCAGGCCAAAGGUAAAGAUACAAGCGGAAAUUUCUGAUGCUCCCAACUCUAUUGAGGAACCUAGCUCAACUUUGAAAAUUCUUCAGAACCAGUUGGUUCAAUCACAAAGACUAGUACAUCACUUGAGCUUAGAGGUUGAAAAUCUUGUUGGGCAGAAUAAGGAGUUGCACUCUAAACUCUCUGAUGAAAGGCAAUCCUAUAUUGACAAACUGAACACGACAAAUUCAGUGUUCUCAGAAGAAAAGGAAACUCUGAUUCAGGAGAAGAAGGAUUAUGAAGAGAAGUUUAAUAUUGCCAAGCUUGAUAUCAAACUUGGGUACAAGGAACAAAAACUACAGGAGCUUCAGAGCCGAAUCACUGAGCUGAGAGAAGAAUCUAGCCAAGAAAUCAACCAGUAUAAAGCCAAAGUCAAGCAAUUGGAGAAAGAUUUGAGAGAAAUGGCCCAUAAGUUUGACACACAGCAGGAUGAAUUGGACAAGUGAAAUUAUGAAGUCACAGAGAAACAGGCGAAUAUUGAGUUCUUGACAGAAACCAUCCAGACUCUACAGGAUCAAAAUUGAGAUAGCCUGAAGGAUAAAUUCUUAACUCAGAAUGCCGAGCUCUGUGAAUAUAAAGGAGUUAACAAGAAAUUAGAAGCUGAAAUUCAGAAAUGCUUCAAGAAGUUACAAUCCAAAGAGGAGGAAUAUACCUCUAUCUGUGCUGAAAAUGAAGAGCUAAAUGACAAACUUGACGAACAUGAGAGUUCUUACCAGUUCCUUGUCAAGCAAAUAGGUAGUCUCACCUCAGAUUUUGAGACUUUGCAAACUGAUAAAAAUAAAUUACAGUGUGAAAUUUCUCAUUUGAGGAAGAAAAAUCAAGAUAUUACUCAGAAAUUAAUCAAGAAAGAAGAUGAAAUCCGGUUGCUCAAAACCCAGGUUACUAACUCUAAACAGGCUUUUGCUGAGAAGGUGCUUCAGCUAAAGAAAGAAUUUAAUGAGAAGCUUGUAGAUUUUGGAAAGAACAUUUACCCCAGUUAUGUUGAUAAAGAGAAGAUGCUAUUUGAGGAUUCUGUAGUUCAGACUAAAUCUCAGCUCAAGACAGACUCCCUUGCAGAGUCUAUCCUCAGAAUGUCUCACCUGAACAGUAGCAGAGUUAGCGUCAAGCCAGACCUAUCAUGAAUAAAGAGCUUAGAAAAUGUGGAGGACAUCGAAGAUAUCCUCUCAGUUCAGAAGAAGCUGGUUGAUCAGAUAAUUGAGUUAUCGAAAGAGAACAGGAUUCUUGAAAUGAAAGUUAUCUACAGUGAUGCCAAGCUGAAAGAAGAGACUUUGUCUAUCUAUCUUGCUCAGGAGAUAGAAAGUCUAAAUGCUCACUUAAGAUAUUAUAAAGACCUUCAUUUAGAAACUUGUUAUGUGAAAGAAUAUAUAGUCUCUGAUAUUGACCAACACAAAGAAAUCAAGACCUAUGAGAUUAUGAGAGACUUACAUGCAAAGACACAGAAGGUUGAAAUCCUUCAAAAGCGGGUUGAUAAAUUGGAAAACCGCUCUAAGGUGCAAAGCAUUCAAACUUACCAAGAGAAACUUGCUGCUGAAGAGAAAGUACAGAAACAAGUUCAAGAACAUCUUGAAGAACUUGAGAAAUAUCUUAAGACAGACCUUGUCUCGAUUAUUUCUGAUUUCGGCGAUCCUGAUGUGAUUAAAGUUCUAGAAAAACAACUUAUUAGCACUAAGAAACAAGAGCAAAUCUUAUUGGAUAAAUAUACAGCUGUAAUGGUAGAAAGAGAAAAACUCAGAACACAGAAUUCAGAGAAGGCAAAGAUUAUUAUUGACCUUGAAAAACAGCUUUCAAAGCCUAAAUUUCCAGAAAAUUCGUGAAAAGACCUUCUAAAUGAGAUUGAAAACCUAAAACUAAAAAUCUCCAACUAUGAUUCUGAGCGUAAGGACUUAUUGAAAAGUCUCGAUACUCAAACAAGAAAUAACAAAGAGCUGAAAAAGAGAGUCUACCAGCUCUCGGCAGAGCACGAUACCUCCGACCCUCAAUCUCCACCUCCCCAAGACCAAAACAAAAGCAUGCGCUGCUAUUCCCAUCCCCUCCAAAACUCGAUCAACCCCAACCACACAUUCAACAUCUCCGAAGCCGCUUACACCGAAGACAAGGACGAUCAGAUCCUGUCCCUUCAAAACAAAAUAAUCGCCUUUAACCAAAGUCAUGUUACUGAAAUAAAAGAGUUAGAAAAUGACAAAAAUAGGCAUAUUGACAAACUUUUACAGGAAAAACAGGAAGAAAUAACUAAGAUUUUGGAUGAAAAAGAGAAUCUGAAGAAGAAAGUAGAAGGAUUAGAGGAGGUUAUAGGGAAGUUAAAGGCAAGAUUGGACCAGUCUGAGAGGAUUUUGGGGGAAAUUGAGGCUGAGUUUGGGCAGAAGAAGGUCACAGUGGAGAAGAAGGAGACUAGGAAAGUUAAGAAGAGUAAGAAAUGAGGGGAUAAGGAGGUAACAGUGAGUGGAACAGGUAAAAGAGAAGGGGAUAAUGGAGUGAGAAGAACAGGGAAAAUGGGGACACAGGAAUUUAUAAUACCCCCAUCAAGGUUUGUCACCCUGGUCAUUGAAUCAAAACGAGCAGAGGCCAAAGCGAUUUGUGAAAUGAAGGCAUUGGUACAGAAACUUCAGAUUUCAGAAGAGAAUUGAGAUGAAAAAGAAGGAUAUAUAAGAGAUCUGGAAGAUGAAAUUCAUAAGUUAAAAAGCCUCAACCCAACUACAAAGGACUUUGAUACUUUCGGAAGGACUAAGACUCAAGAAGAGAUAACUAUUCUUGACCAAGAAAGUGAAGCAGAUGAUAGCUGUCAGCAAUUAUAUCAUCGAAGAAUGACAGAGAUUGAGAAACAACUUGAAUAUUAUAAGCAGAAGGAAAUGCAUGGAUAUGAAGAAAUUUUAGGAAACAACAAGACAAAGAUCAGCGAUAUUAAAACUAAUUCAGAAGUUGAUGGCUAUGAAAACAAUUUCCAUGCCCUUCUUGAUUGUAUUGCAGUCCUAGCAUAUCAGCUUUGAGAAAUCGAGAUCAAAGAUUUUUCAAGAAAGGGAUUCAAUGGUGACCAUACCAUGACUGGUGUGCAAUCUAUGAGAUCAGUGCAACAGAAUAUGCCAACUAUGGCAAUUGAUAUUUCUUCUCCUGUAGAAAUAGGACAGAGAUUGGUUAUCAAAUAUCUCAAUAAGACUCUUACAAGACUUCUCCAAAGUAACUCUGACCUUCAUGUCGGAAUGCAGAACGAAUAUGUGCCAAAUGAUGAAGGAGAUAGAGCAGUUUGGUACCUCGAAUUGCUUGAAUCUCAACUUGAUAUUACUGAAAGAACACUUCAAGCUUUGAGAGACUUUACAGACAAAGUUUCUGUUAACAUAACAGGUUCCAUCUCAUCUGCUGCACGAGUAAAAGCUACCUCUUUAGAGCUUGCUUCUAACACAAAAGUUACUGCUGAAGAAGUAGAUCAGCUAAACAACAUUAUGAGACUAAUCAAGGCUGACUUGAGUUGCUUAAAAUCUGGAAUCAGUGAUAAAAACUGAAUCAACACAGAUGAAACACUGACUAAAACAAAUCUUGAAAACUCAAUUCUCUCUCAAACUCCUUCAAAUAUCUUCGAUCUGGGUGAAACUGACAAAUUAAAACAAAUGGUAAACCAACUAGAGGAAGAGAAGGAGAAGCUGAAGGAUCUCUUGAUGAAAAUUGAGGAAGCUUAUGGUGGAAAUCUCAACUCAGAUGAACUCGUAACCAAGAUUAUAAAUGAUCAACAGAAUCUCAAACUCUCUGAGGUAAAAAUCCAGGAACUACUUGAGAAAAAUAACUCAAUUCUGUCAGACAAUCAAACUCAGAAGGAAAAAUCGAUCAGUCUCCAAAAACAAGUAGAAACUCUUGAAUCUCAAAAGAGCAAGCUCCUUGCUCAAAAUGAAUGGCUUGAGAAACAAGUCAGUCAAUCAAGGCAAGAAGAAAGUUUCAGUAAGAUAGAUACUCUAGAGAGGGACAUCUCUACACUUAAGGGUAAGAGUAAUGAAGUUCUCAGAGAGAAAUCUGACCAGAUUCUCAUCCUUGAAGGCCAACUUUCACAAGUUAAGGAAGACAAGGAAGCACUCAACCUUGAACUACUUAAAAUGCAGAAAUUAAAUGAUAUUUUGACAAAUAAAUUAGAGCAGAAGUCUAAGAAGCUGGUACUUUCAGGCCGUAGUUUGGAGAAACCUACUAAGAAGGUCAAAACUCCAGUUAAGGAUAUCAAAAAGGCAAGGUUUAAGAAACAGAAAGCCAAGGAGAUCAAAUAUCAUUCUGACACUGAAGACAUUGUUGAUGUUCCAUUUAAGGCUUUCCCUAAAUCUACUAAGAGUUCAAAGAUUGCCACUUUGAAAUCAUCUCUCCAGGCUAAGGAAGAGGAAGUUAAAUCACUUGAACAAAAAGUAGCCUAUCUUCAAGAUCAAAAUAGCCAGAUAUCUGCUGAACUCCAGAAGCUUAGGAAAGAAGGAUACUCCCCACAAGAUUCUGUAGUUGAUAUGAUGGAAGAGAUAGAGCAAACUAGGCAACAGCUAGAGGAUCGAUACAACAGUGAGAUCCAAGAAUCUAAAGCCCAGAUUAGCCAAUACCUUGAAGAAAUCGACCAUCUGAACCAAGAAAAGCAUGAAUUUUUAGAAAAUCUUCAACAUAUGAAAGCAGAGGUAGAUCAAUUCGACAAGAAUCUCCAGAAAAAGGAUGCAGUGAUUACAAAGCUUAAGGAUGAAAAUGCAGAACUUUCUGCCCAGAACAAGGAGAAUACCAGAGAACAUCUUGAAGCAGUACAAGAAUUAAAAGAAGAAAUAGAGAGUAUUAAAGAAUCUAAUCAGAAGAUGAUCCAACUAUAUGAAUAUCAGAACAAUGCCUUCAAGGAGAGAGUUGCUAAGGAACUGGAGUACCGAAGUAAUUCGACCCCAAAUAGUGACAUUAAGGAAUCUCCUAUGGAAUAUACCAUCUUGAUGAACGACUUGGCUCAAAGAGACUCUGUAUUAAAAACUCUCAAGGAAGAAAACAAGCAACUCAAGCUAAAAAUCUCACAGAUGAAAGUGAAAGAAAAGGAAUUAAAAAUAAAGAAGAUCAAGGAAGUAGCUAAAGUUCCGACUCAGGCCAAAAAUAAGAAAAUCUCAUUAUCCCAAAAAGGGAAAAAGGACUCUGAGCCAGUUCAAGAGGAAAGAGAAUUCGACUCACAAGAUUGCCACCAGAUCUUAAGAAGAAUCGCUCUAGUGGAGGCAGAAAACAUUAAGCUUACAAAUGAAAUGCAUAUUCUCAAUAAGAAUCUGAUCACUGAACAAGAACAGAGAGAAGAGCUCAUUGAAGAACUUGAAAGCCAGAGAGAAAAAGCAGAGACUCAGAAAGCCAAGAAGAGCAACACUAAAAAGGAAAUUCAGGCUUUGACAAAAGAGCAUAAGAGCAAGAUCAAUAAGCUAGAAGAUGAAAUUCAAAGAAUUAAGAAUACUUAUAUUGAACCUAAGGUACACCAGAAACUGAAGACAGCUCAGAAGGAGUUGGAGCAGCAAAUUAAAUCUCUUAAAGAUGAUAUUUCAAGAAAAAGGGAUCUUAUAGCUUCUCUUAAGCAAGCUGCUGAGGCUGAAGCUGAGAAAGAGCCAGUAAAAGUGGAGCCUAGUAAGCAAUCUCUUGAGAAAAUCUCUAAGUUGACUAAGGAACUAUCUAUAAAGAAUAAUACAAUUAAAGACUUAAAGGCUCAAUGCUCAGAUCUGAAGGAGAAGCUUGCUACUGCAGAGUCAUCUUUAACAUCUGUGCAUACAAAGACUAAGUCGAUGAAAUCUGACUUGUCUAGAAAAGAGACUCUACUCAAGGAGACCAAGUCUAAGUACGAAACAACAGUCAAAGAAAUCAAGGAGCUUGAGGCUAAAGUUUCUGAAAUAGAUAAACAUAAGGAUCUAGCAAAGCGUUUGCGUUCAGAUCUCGAACGCCAUAAGUCUAAAAUGGCCAUGCUAGAGAGCAAUCUUGAAACCACCACGACUCAGUUAGAAAAGACUAAGCUUAAACAUGAGUCUGAGAAGAAGUCUAUUCGUGCUAAAGGAAUCAAAGAGACCAAGGAACUUCAAGAGAUUAUCAGAGGUUUUGCAAAGAUGGGUGAGUCUGUUCAUACAGAACAGGCUCCUGAAAUGCAACCUGAAAAAGAUCAAACUGAAUUUGAUAAAUUCUUAAAUUCUAUGAACAUCCAUGGUGAGCAGAUGAAUGACAGGGAGAGAGAAGUCUUAAAAGAAACUGAGCAAGAGAUUGGUAUCUCAAUUGAAGACCUCAACUUCUGUGAUGAUUUCAUUGGAAAAUACUAA